CAUAGUUCCAAAACAUUCUAAAAAUCUUUUUUGAAGUGAAAGCAGGCUGCGUUGAAAACUUUCCCAAUUUAUCACAGCUACCAAAGGAAAUCGGCAUUGUUUGUAUCCAUCUAGCUGGAACAGUCGGGCUUGUCCAGAUAUAAUAUUUUUACUUUUUGAAUUUUGUUUUCGAGAAUUUUUCGUUUGAUUUUGUAAUACAAUUGCUGGCUCCACGAAAAUGUUUCGGUCUUGUGUACGCGAUGCCAUCCGAUCCAGCCGCUUCUUCACCAGGAUGUACUCCAAAGAGGUGCGUUUCGGACCCGAGGUGAGGGCAAUGAUGAUCCGGGGAGUGGACGUCCUGGCGGACGCAGUUGCCGUAACCAUGGGUCCCAAGGGACGCAGCGUCAUCGUAGAACGACCAUGGACCUCACCGAAAAUCACCAAGGACGGAUUCACGGUGGCCCGAUCGAUUGCCCUGAAGGAUCAGCACAUGAAUCUGGGUGCCAAACUCGUCCAGGAUGUGGCCGACAAUACGAACCAGGCGGCUGGAGAUGGCACUACCACAGCCACAGUCCUGGCUCGGGCCAUAGCCAAGGAGGGCUUCAAUCAGAUCACCAUGGGUGCCAAUCCCAACGAGAUCCGCCGGGGCGUCAUGAUGGCUGUGGACGUGGUCAAGGAGAUGCUAAAGGCAAUGUCCAAGUCUGUGGAAUCCAGCGAGGAAAUCCAGCAAGUGGCCACCAUAUCUGCUAACGGCGAUACUGACAUAGGUCGCCUCAUUGCCGAGGCCACCGAGAAAGUGGGCGCCAAGGGAACCAUCACCGUCAAGGACGGUAAGCGCCUGAAGGACGAACUGACCAUUAUCCAGGGCCUGCGCUUCGAUACUGGCUAUGUGUCGCCCUUUUUCGUGAACAGUACCAAGGGCUCCAAGGUGGAGUUCUCCAACGCCCUGGUCCUGAUUACCUUGAAGAAAAUCACGGCCUUGUCUCAAAUUGUCAAAGGACUGGAGCAGUCCCUGAGGGAGCGUCGUCCUUUGGUGAUCAUAGCCGAGGAUAUUAGCGGCGAGGCCUUGAAUGCCUUGGUACUGAACAAGCUGAGGAUGGGUCUCCAGGUUUGCGCCGUUAAGUCUCCCAGCUAUGGAGAGCACCGCAAAGAGCUCAUUGGUGACAUAUCCGCCGCCACCGGUGCCACGAUAUUCGGCGACGACAUCAACUAUUCCAAGAUAGAGAAUGCUAAAUUGCAAGACAUGGGCCAGGUGGGCGAGGCUGUGAUCACCAAGGACAGCACUAUGCUUCUGGAGGGAAAGCCCAAAACGGGUCAGCUGGAGCUGCGCAUCCAGCAGAUCCAGGACGAGCUUGCCGACAAGCAGACGAAGCCAGAGCAAAAGGAUCGUCUCCGGCAGCGACUCUCCGCCUUGACCAAAGGUGUGGCCGUGCUGCACAUUGGCGGCAUCAGCGAGGUGGAGGUCAGCGAGAAGAAGGAUCGAGUGGUCGAUGCCCUGCACGCCACCAGGGCGGCCAUCGAGGAGGGCAUUGUGCCCGGCGGUGGCACCGCCUUUCUGCGUUGCAUUCCCCACCUCGAGCGAAUGGAAGUGGAGAGCAAGGAUCUGAAGAAGGGUGUGGAGAUCAUCUGCAACGCCCUGCGAAUGCCCUGCCAGACGAUUGCCCAGAACGCUGGCGUGGAUGGAGCAAUGGUGGUGGCCAAGGUCAUGACCAAAUCCGGAGACUAUGGCUACGAUGCCAUGGGCGGUCAAUACGGGCGACUGAUCGAGAAGGGCAUCAUUGAUCCCACGAAGGUGGUGCGUACCGCCAUCUCUGAUGCCGCCGGAGUGGCCUCCCUGCUGAGCACCACCGAGGUGGUGAUAACUGACACCCGGAAUGAGGAUCUUCUAGCCAAGCUGGCCGGCAUGGGAGGCGGUGGCGGUAUGGAUGGACUCGACAUGAACAUGGGUGGCCUUGACGAACUGGCUGCCUUGGCGGGAAUGGGCGGAAUGGGAGGAAUGGGAGGUAUGGGUGGAAUGGGUGGUCUAGGCGGUCUCGGUGGCCUGGGCGACAUGGGCGAUAUGACAGGUCGCAUCAGCGCCUCUGUUCCCAAAGAAGACGAUGGACCCACUGCCGAGGAGAUGAACGAAAUGGUCAAGGCCAUUCCCGGAAUGGAGCAAGUGGAAGUCAAGGACAUUGACGCAGGACUUAUGUAGAGGAAUAAUAUUCCCAUUAUACUCUCAUUCAUCAUACAUUCCCGGUAACUUGACUUUGUGUUUUUUGUGUAACCAAAAUUGUUUUCGUUUUGAAUAAAUUGUUUUAAUAGUGA